AGUUACCUGUUUGUGGUAUAGAAUUGAACUGUGUGCCUGUGUUUCUGCUUUAUUGGUUUCAGUCAGCGUUCUUGUUUUUGCCAAUCUGAGAAAAAAAAAUCUAACUGUGGACAAAAAACCUGCACUCUGACGGGGUGGAAACGCUGAGCAGCAAAGUGAUUAAGGGAGAGAUAAAGUGGAGCAUCACCCUCUCCCCCACUCCACUGCUGAUGAUGUCAAGGUUGUGUUGCUAUGGGCAACCAUCAGAGAGAGAGAGAGAGAGAGAGAGAGAGAGAGAUAGAGAGAGAUGGAGAGAACAGCUGGGGAGGAGGAUGGUAGCAGAGAGGCAUAGAAAACAGAAAGAAAGUAUAAAAAAGGAGUAAGUUGAUCAGUGUGCACCUUUUGACUGAGCACAGCUGCAGAGGAUGAGGACGAAGCAGUCAGGCGAAGGACACAGCCUGCCAGCAUCAGCAGCARGGAGGAAAGGCUGCCCAAUCAUCAGCUGACGUGCUCAGCAGCCAAUGAAACGCCAGGAGGCAGCCUCCCAAGCACAACAACUCGGAUGCAGAACAAUCCAAGCUCCGAUGUCUCAUUGAUGAAUGGAGGUGUUCCCAGGCCGCCUCUCUCUGCCCGGCUCCUCGCUCGUCUGACAGCAGGAUGGAGAAGAACACCAGCAGCGACAUUAAGGGACGUCAGAAAGGUGAGGCAAAGGCUACAAAGGAACGUCAAAGAAGCACAGAAAGCAGCGAUGAGGACGCAGAGGACACGACAGCAGCCCUUAAAGGUACCGACUCCCAGCCUGACCUCCGUCUGCCGGGUUCCUCCUCUCCGUCACCAUCUUCCUCCGCUCUCCCUCUCUCCACCCUGCCGCCCUCCACGUCUGCCUCCGCUCUCCUGGCGCUCGCAUCCCCAGCGACCAGGCGCUCCAUCUCUAUGGGAGACUUCCGGAGGGUGACGGCGGCUCUGCUGGCCGGCUCCGAGCCGCCGUCCCGGCCCGCCACGGCCCCSUCCUCCAAACUGGUCACCCCCAGCUCCAGCAUGGAGUUCGAGGCGGCCCGGCGSCGCCUCCUGGAAGUGGAGGAGCGGCAGCGCGUCGUCCGGGAGAUGGAGCGGCGGCUGGAGGAGCUCAGGGAGAUGUUUGUGCGCUCGGAGCAGCGGGUGGUGGUCCACGGGGAGCUGGUGUCGCGGAUAUCCACCGCGGCUCAGCAGGGAGAGUUGCACGUGGCGGAGACCACCCAGCGGCUGAAGAAAGGCGCCCGGUUCAAGAAGCACCGGCCCGCCAUCGUCUUUUCCUCCAUGCUCGGACUUCGCACGUGUCUCCCGUGGCCUGUGAAACUCAAAUGAAACAUUUCAUCUCUGACUUUAGAAAUGCGCUUUACACACCUGGGAGGAUGCACUUCCUGUCUUUACUUCGACCUUGCUGCUCUUGUAUCCUGAGGCUGGUCCUCCAGGGGGUUAGAGUGCCUGCAAACACCACAGAGGCUAAUCCUUUGCUGCUUGCAGUCAGUGUAUGAGAAUCAGAUAGAUCCCACACCGCACAGAUGAGUCAGGUGAUGUGGGAGGAGAGGCACAGAUUUGUCCUGCGAUGCAUCAAGAGAUUUCAUGUAUUUUAGCUGAUUUAGGUUGUUAAAGUCUCAGGAGAAGGAAAAAGAUGAAUGAAUCUGCUUCUUUUUUUCAGCUCUAGGAGAAAGGAGUGAAGGGCAGCAAAGAUGAGAGGUUUCAGUUUGGAUAAAGCUAAGGGAAAAAACGAUUUAAAAGAAAUAAAUAAUUGUGCCUUGGCUCCAGCUCCCACCAUGGCAUCUGUUUUGUCAAGCCGCACGAAACAAAGACGCAAGAGACCGCAGGAAAGACAUUCACGCUGGGACAACUCCACCUGUGGCCUCUUUUUAUCCUGUCACCUAGCAACCCCUCAUCCCUCCAUCCUAAUUCUGCUUCUCCAAACGCACAGAAUGUAUCCAGCUGAGAGCUGCAACCCCACAGAAUGUGACAGCUGUAGAGAUCCGAUGAGAGAUUAGGAGGUUUGUAAUGAAUGCCGUCCAUGUUUUGGAACAGGGAUUGGGUUUAGGCUGACUCAUGCAUGCAUCGUAUGAAAUCACUGCUUAUUGUGUCUUACACGACUUCAGAGCUGAGACUUUGCUUCCUAGACUGCAAACAGAACUUAAAGUGCACAAAAGCCUCACUAGCAUCCUUCUGUUGCAUUAAUGGGGCAGCAAAGAAAGUUUGACUGUAUUUAUUCAGGGUUUCUUAGCGUUUUCAGUUCAGUUCUGUUAGCGAACUACACUACAAGCUAUUUAAAUUCCUCAUGCCUAUCAAGACUUUACAAUUACCCAAUUUUACAUAUAGUCUCAUCUUUUUACUCCAUUCUUAAUCACAUGCUCGUUAAAUUAUCAACGCUUUACUCUCUCUUGCAUACCUUUUAAUUACUUCCUAGCGUUAGCUGCAUUUGUGUGUGUGUGAAAAGCACAGAAAAUACACAGAGGUUAUCAAUUUUAUAUCUGAAAAUUACAGCGGCGAGGCAAAGGUUCAGUCUAACUGCAGUUUGUGUUAAAAAAAUAAAAAAUAAAAUGUACCUAUUAGCACACUAGCAUCCAGGACAUGUUCACCAUUUUCAACAAAGGCCAUACCGCCUAAUGGUGCUUUGUUUAGCCUAUUGUCAUAAAAGGGUUUAUGCGAAACAAACAUGCAAAACUCUUUAAAGUAAAAGCACAUGGUUUGAUUGUACAAUCACUUAUUGUAGGUUUCUAUAAGUUUUCUGUUUAGCUUGUAGGCACUCCAUUUAAACUGAGACGCACCAUAAUGCAUGGAAAACCAGAUGUCCUAAAGCAUGAGUUUUAAAGUGUAAGUCAAUGAGAAUGAGGCCACAUGUUAGCUUUGAGUAUUACCUGUUUUAGACUUUAAGGGCUUUAAAAAAUUUGUUUCUCAAAGCUGUUUGAAGAGAGCGACUCUGCUAAUUAAAACAACCAAUUGAAACCUGACGAAACUUGUUUCAAAUAAGAAAACAUUGCUGGGGUGCCUCUUUAAUUAGGAAAUUGUCACAGAUUUUAGGUUUUAGUUGAAGAUUUACUCCUUGAAUGUUGUCUUAUAUCCUGUAUAAUCAUUCCACAUGGCUACUGUAAGCACAGUCUUUGUGCACGUAAACCAUAUUCUGCAAAAAAAAAUCCAUUAGAAAGCUUCUCAAGAAUAAAAAGGUCUUAAAGGCUUUAAAUAUAAAUUUAUGCUCCUGUGUUUUAAGCUACAGACGUACACCUGCUUAACAUGUCUUAAGCAUUUUUUGCAUAACAUUAAUAGAAAUGAUACAAAGAAUGAUAUUAAUGAAUAGGGUGAUAAUCAGAGCUGGGAUAGACCUCAUCCAGAAACAUAUUUUCUCUGAACAGGAAGUCUCAAGUCAUGUGGACUGCACCUUUUUUCUUUUCCUCUGAAUGAAACAAAAAGACCAUUUUCCAAAGAUCUUUGGACUCACUUGCAGAACGAAUGUAUAUCUGACUGUUUGAUGUUUGUUUGUUUUGUUUUUAAUCACUGAUUAAGAUAACCAGUGUUGUUUGAACCUGUGGUUGGCUUUAAUGCACUUGUUUUAAUUUCUUGCCUGCAGGAGGACAUUCAGGCUGACGUAGCUUUCAACAAAAGCAAAUUUAUUUAUUGAAUAAAUGUUUCUGGAAGUAGAAAUUACUGUUAAGUUUUGCUCUCACAGCCCUUUACUGUCAUAAAUGCUGGCCAACCACAGGGACAAAAAUACUUUUCUGAAAUUUACUAUUUGAAUGUUUCAACAUUUUGUGCUUCUUUGUGUCCCAACACGUCCCCUGCUCAUUGGUUGUUCAACAUUUCACCUUAAGUUAUUUUUUUCCUGACUGAAACCUCUACCUAAGUUUAAAUGUGAGCUAAAAUCGCUGGCUGUGUUGUUUAAAAUGUUGUAUGCUUUAAGGAAGCACAGGUUUAGUGAUCAUUUUCUUUCACUUUUUUCUAGAAGCAAGAAAUUACAAAAUUAUUCCAGUUUAAGUGUCUCAUGUAUGCGAAAUAGCGGCUCUAUUGGAGGAAAAAGCUUUGAAACUGAAUGUUCUGCUCUUUUAUGCUUCAGUUUGCCUACACUCUUUUGUUUUUAUUAUAUUCAGCACAAAGACACAUUAACGUCACACAAUCUCAUGUUAGGCAAUUUCCUUUUUUGUAAGACUCUUUUUUUUGUAAAAUAAGCUGACUUAGAAUAAAUAGACUAAAUAUA